AUGACGAAGGCAGAAAAAAGACCGAAGGGUGGGACUCCGGAAACGAAGGCAGAACAGCAACCGAAGAGCGGAACUCCGAUGACGAAGGCAAAAAAGCAACCGAAGGAUGGAACUUCGACGACCAAGGCAAAGCAACGAUCGAAGAAUGGUACCCCGGCAACGAAGACAGAACAGCGACCAAAGGAUGGAACUCCGGCAAUGAAGGCAGAACAGCGACCGAAGGAUGGAAGAACUCCGACAACGAAGGCAGAGCAACGAUCGAAGGAUGGUACUCCGGAAACGAAAGCGGAACAGCGAUCAAAGGAUCGAACUCCGACAACGAAGGCAGAGCAACGACUGAAGAGUAGCACUUCGAUGAUGAAGGCAGAACAGCGACCAAAGCAUGGAAGAACUCCGACAACGAAGGCAGAGCAACGAUCGAAGAAUGAACAGCGACCAAAGGAUGGAACUCCGGCAAUGAAGGCAGAACAGCGACCGGAGGAUGGAAGAACUCCGACAACGAAGGCAGAGCAACGAUCGAAGGAUGGAAGAACUCCGACAACGAAGGCAGAGCAACGAUCGAAGGAUGGUACUCCAGAAACGAAAGCGGAACAGCGAUCAAAGGAUCGGACUCCGACAACGAAGGCAGAGCAACGACUGAAGAGUAGCACUCCGAUGAUGAAGGCAGAACAGCGACCAAAGCAUGGAAAAACUCCGACAACGAAGGCAGAGCAACGAUCGAAGAAUGGUACUCCGGCAACGAAGAAAGAACAGCGACCAAAGGAUGGAACUUCAGCAACGAAGGCAGAACAGCAAUCGAAGAGCGGAACUCCGAUGACGAAGGCAGAAAAGCGGCCGAAGGGUGGGACUUCGAUAACGAAGGCAGAGCAACGGUCGGAGAAUGGUACCCCGGCAACGAAGACAGAACAGCGACCAAAGGAUCGAACUCCGACAACGAAGACAGAGCAACCACCAAAGGAUGGAACCGCAACGACGAGGAAAGGGCAACGACCCAAGCGGAGAACCCCAGUGGCAAAGACAGAACAACGAUCGAAGAAUGCCACCCCGCUGAUGAAGACAGAGCAACAACCGAAAAAUGGAACUCUGACGGAGGCGACGAGGACACAGCAACAACCAGAAGGUGGGACUCCAGUGACAAAGGCACAGCAACGACCGGAAGGUAAAGCCACGACGACGCGGGCAAAACAACAACCGAAAGAUGACACCGCGACGUCGAAGGAUGGACAACGGUCGAAGGGUGGAACGCCGGCGAUGAAGAAAAGGCAGGAACCGAAACGAGCAGCUGCGAUUGAAGGUUUUUUUGUGAAAUUUUAA